GAAGAGGCCCGGCUACAAAAUUCAUAAACCCAGUUCUGCCCCUUCUUUUCUUGUUCAGAAAGAUUUGUUUCUUUUGAAAUACUUUUACAGAGCCAGAAGAAGAAAAAGAAGAAGAGAGCAAUGGAAGCUUCAAAGACAAUAGCACACGAAAUCGGGGGAGUGAGAAACGAUGCUUUCCGAUUCGGUCUUCAGGGUGUUAAGAGCGACAUCGUCGGAUCUCAUCCUCUUGAGUCUGCCUAUCACUCUACGAAGGUUAGGCAGGAGGAGAUGAAGAGGAAGGUACUUGCUAACACUUACGGGUCGGCUUUACCUAUGAAGUUAGAGCUCGAUCGCCAAAUUCUUUCCAGAUUUCAGAGGCCACCGGGCGCAAUACCAUCUUCAAUGGUGGGGUUAGAAGCCCUAACAGGAGGUUUGGAAGACUUUGCUUUUGAGGACUACCUGAAUGAUCCCAAGGAUUCUGAAAGUUUUCGUCCAGUUGACACGCAUCAUGGCAUGGAAGUGCGCCUUGGGCUUUCUAGGGGACCUGUGUGUCCCAGCUUCAUUUGAAUCAUUCGCAAUUAAUUGAGAAUCUGUAAUUGAUAAUGCUGCUGCUGUGUACUUCUCAUCUUCCUUAAAACAUUGUGUCAUUGGGUAUUUUAAUAUAGUUGGAUUUUGGGAACAAACAAUUGCUGAUUCUUUUUU